AUGCCAACGUGCCUAGGUCAGUUUCUCCGACACACCUACUCCGCCGCCGCAACCACACCUACCACCACCCAAUCCCCCAAUCGCAAAGAGCUCGGAUACGCAAUGGAUGAGAACGAUCUCAACUCCCCGCAAAUGCGGAAUGUGAUCUCGAUCGUCGCGCAAAUCAGACGAGCAAAGACCUACUAUGCCGCCGGUCUCCCGACUUCUUUUCCCCAGGGCUGCGGCAAGAAAUGUGAACAUACGCUGAUUACACGUAGGGAAUUAGCUUCUUUCUGCAAGAUCAAAGCCCUGCCCAAUGGCCAAGACUUACACUCCAAGUGGUCUCGCAACGCGCAGAACUUCGCACCAUACCCCGGUGAAGCUCUACGCCUCGACUUCGCGCAUGUGAAGCACUCAUGCGUUCCAAACAUCUUGCCACACAACGAUGGCGAGGGCGUGCUCACCGUGCUUGUGCUCAAAGAUAUUGCGGCUGGUGAGGAGUUCACGAAGACACACGCUGGACCACUUCUGACCCUCGAACAACGCAAGAAAGAGCUUGCAGACCUAGACAUCAUCUGCUCGUGCGCAGCAUGCGAUAUGACAACAGCUUUUAGUCGGAAAUUCGAGAUUCGUCAGCAUAAGAUCCAACGCCUGGCAACGGCGAUGGGAACGGCGGCCAAACUGCGAAUCGGGGAAUAUGCUCCUUCUCUCGCCGAGAUCAGCAAGGAUCCGAUGGUAAGCAACCUGCAAAUGCAUCGGGCUAUGGACCGUUUGGCGCAGCUAUUGCUGGAGAGGGACUUUCCUCAAGUGGACUUCAAGUUCGUAUGGCUUGCAUCGACUGCCCUCUGGGACCAACUGACCCUCAUCCUUGGCAAGGCGGGUCGACGCCCGACUCGAGAGGCGUGGGUUCAGCGAUACAAGUGGGAGAUGGAGCUGGCGAGAAUGGAUAUGUUCGUCUACCCGCCUGGCCACAAACAGUAUGAAGACGGCAAGAGGUUCAUGGCAAUGUACGACAUGCAAGUGGCGAAGGAUGUCGCAUCCCGCAAAGCCUAGGCGAACGAUUGGCUAGGAGUGAGCUCUGGGUAUGCAGGCACCUUGCUUUAAGUGGAGCUGGAUGGCCUCAAAACGACCAAUCGGGUGUUGGGAGUGGUAGAUGAAGAUUUCUCGGUCUAUACACUUGUAUAACACAAAGGCAGAAGCCUGUGUCGAGGUUUCUGCCACUACCAAGGCUCUUUCAAGCCGAUAUCAC